UUCGCAACAAUCAAAGCGUUGUUCUGAUUAUUAGUUGUGGCAAGUGAUUUCUCGUUGAAGAAAGUAUCAUAUAAUACAUAACAGAUGUAAAAAUGCUCACGAAUUCUUCGCGAAAUCAUACGGUUUUGACAAUCGAAAAUGUCGAUACGUCACAACUAGGCAAGAAAGGCCAAAGCAGAAAACGUCAAGCUUAUUGGAGGGUAUGGAACCGCCUAUCCCGUCUACAGCGAUGUUUGCUGACCAUUCUGUCAUUUGCCGCCGUCGUCUGCCUCGUCUAUGUCAUACCCACAAUCUACGAAGACUUUGCUCAUUUGGAAGAUGUGGACAAACUCUCCCGAAGAAAACAUGCUGAUGCGCUACUUGAUAGCGCCAAACAUUUGGAUAAACUGGAUGAAAUUACUAGGCAGAAAAACAAAAUGCUUGAGAAGUUGCGAAAAAAAAUUGUUUCCAAUGAAACUGGAGAACAUGUUUCACAGCCACAACAGCAUGUUCCUCUGAAGGAGCCCCCUGGUGGCCAAGAUGUGAACAAUGCAGAUAAGGAUGAGGCGGAAGGAGCGGGUGAGAAGCCGGGUGAGACAGAAAAUGCAGAAACAAGUGAUCCGUACGGUGGACCCCAGAAUGAAAAACAGCAAGCAGUCGUCAAUGCAUUCAAACAUGCAUGGACUGCGUACAGGAAGCAUGCAUGGGGACACGAUGAACUCAAGCCAAUUUCAAAAUCUUAUUCAACGUGGUUUGAUGUCGGGCUGACACUGAUUGAUUCAUUGGAUACCAUGUUUAUCAUGGGGCUAAAAGAAGAAUUUAAGGAAGCUCGCACCUGGGUUGAGCAGAAGCUGUCAUUCCAUAACGAUAGAGAUGUUAACUUAUUCGAGAUAACCAUUCGUGUUCUUGGUGGUUUGCUCAGCACAUAUCAUCUCACAGGGGAUAAAUUAUUUCUCGAAAAAGCAACUGAUUUGGGGAAUAGACUGCUGCCAUGUUUCAACAAGCGUUCUGGCGUGCCGUUUUCCGAUAUCAACCUAGCCACCGGGAUGGCCCACGCUCCACGGUGGGGACCUGACAGUAGCACAUCAGAGGUCACGACCAUUCAGAUGGAGUUCAAGGAUCUAAGUCAUGCUACAGGCAAUAAAAUAUAUAAGGAAGCUGUUGAGAGUGUCACUAACCAUGUACAUAUGCUGCCCAAACAGACAGGACUAGUGCCUAUAUUCAUUAACGCCCAGUCGGGUCAGUUCCGUAGUGGGUCGACGAUAACCCUUGGUGCCCGUGGUGAUAGUUAUUAUGAAUAUUUACUCAAACAGUGGAUACAGACGGGCAAGAAGGAGGACAUGUUACGAGAUGAUUAUAACCUUGCCAUGCACGGUGUCAGCACACAACUAGUCAGAGAAUCAGGGCCAAAGAAGCUGACCUUUAUUGGGGAGUUACUACGCGGAAGUGCAUUUAGUCCUAAAAUGGACCAUUUAGUGUGUUAUUUGCCGGGGACAUUAGCCCUCGGCUAUCAUAAUGGCCUUCCUAAGGCACAUAUGGAGCUAGCAGAGAAGUUGGCCUACACGUGUUACCAGAUGUAUGCCACGACUGAGACAGGGCUCAGUCCCGAAAUUGCACACUUUAAUAUGUUGCCCGGUGCGAAGGACGAUAUCUUUAUAAAGUCGGCAGACACCCACAACCUCCUUCGACCAGAAACAAUCGAGAGUUUCUUCUAUCUCUAUCGCUACACGAAGGACAAAAAAUACCAAGAAUGGGGCUGGCAGAUAUUCCAAGCUUUUGAGCGCCACACGCGGUUAAAGGAGGGUGGAUACAGUUCAAUAAAUAAUGUGAAAAAUCCAGAACGCCCAAUCUACCGGGACAAAAUGGAGAGCUUCUUUUUGGGCGAGACUUUGAAAUAUUUCUAUCUUUUGUUCAGUGAGGACGAAAAUCUAUUGCCGUCAGAUAAGUUUAUAUUUAACACGGAAGCACAUCCUUUAUUGAUAUAUAAGUCAUAGCGAUAGUGGAAAUUAGUCAAAUUUAGUAUGAACUGAAAUUCUAAGUCUGAAAUUGCUAUAUCUUGAAUCAGUGUAAACCUCAUUGAAUUGAAUGAGUACCAUAAGAAUAUUCGGUGAUGCAUGAUAAAUGCAAGCUGUGGACUGAAGCAAGCAAAGUGGUUGAUUGCCUUCUUGUAUGUGGUCUAGCUUUAUAGCGUAGAUCUGUUUGUGUCAAAGGUAUCAGUGAGGCUUUAAAUGGAGUCUACAGACAGAAGCCUGGUUGGUUUCUCUUCUCUGCUGUUGACUUGAGAUGGGUUGUGGUGUAGUCUUGACCAAAAUGUCUGUGAUUUAAGCUAGUCCAAAUGGUGCCAGAUGUUGCUGUUUGAAGGACGCUUUUGUAGCAUUGGUCCUUUGAAAUGGAUUGCAAUGUUGUCUGUUUAAAGAAUUCACCUGUUUCCUUGUAAAGAGGUGAUGUAGACGACAUCACAGCCAAACACGCCAAUUGUUAUCAAUGCAUUGGCAUAGUUCAUUCAGGGAAGUGGAGGGUUUUAUUCUCAUUAAUGCAGUGGAAGAGUUCAUUCAGGGAAGUGGGGGUUCUAAUCUUAUCAGUUCAUUGUGUGGGGUUUAUUAUUAUCAAUGCAUUGGAAGAGUUCAAUCAGAGAGGUGGGAGGUGUGAUGGUUCAUCUUAACCUCAUCCAUGGUGUGUGAGUAAUAAUUAGGUUUACUCACCAUUGCAUGAUUACUAAAAGAGAUCUGAGAGAUUGGUAAAUGUAUGAGCAAUCAGGUGGUCACUAAUCAAAAGUGCUAAUUAUUUGGUACAUGUGUAGUUAAAAAAAUGUACUCAAGCCUUCUUGAGCUACUGGUAGGAAUGAUAUUAGAGUAUAAUACAGGUUGAAUCCACAACCUUGCCUUUUUUACUUAGGGACCUCAGUAGGUUUUGUUUGUCUUGGUGAUGUGGGAGAAGGGGGGGGGUUACUCGGGACAAAACAUCAGGCAAGCUCUGUCUUGGUGUUAGUAGAGAUCUGAAAAGUUCUGUAGUAUACCGGUACGAAUUGAGAUGUUCAUGUAUUUAUAACUGUUCAACAAAAUUUUGUUCAGUGUGUACUGAUUUUGUAAUCUGUAUCUUAUACUGAAAGUAUUGCAUGUCCAAAUAUGAUGAGAGAUAUAUUUGUUGUCAACUUGGUUGAAAUGUGUGCUGACGCCAGAACAAUUUCAAUAUUAACAAAUUAUAAUGAAGAACUGUUAACUUAGAAUUUUGAUGUGUGAAUGUCUAACCAAAUGUUUGUGUUGUAAGUUCUUCACCUAAAAUCAAAUGAAGUCAAGAAACUGUAGCAAAACUAACACUGGGUCCAGUUGUUAGAAAGCAUGUUAGCUCAUAACAACAUGCUGACAUGUUGUUACAUGUGCAUAAGCUUUGAUGAUCAUUCAUUAGGUCUGUAUGGUGCUCGGUUUGUCUGCACUAUUUGAGUGGCGAGAAAUACGAUAUUCAUUUGUAGAAUACAAUCUAGGUUAGGAAAACGGGUCACAUAUCGUCAGUUGAUUGAGUAUUCGCAAUAUAAUUGUACUUGUCAUUUCAGAGGAGGCUUUAAGAUUUUGAGAAUUCAAAGCAGUCAUGUUAAAAUUUGCCGCUACUUCUAGUCUUUUAACUUUCUAUGCAGAAUAUAGUGGAUUUUAUUUAGUUGUUAAGUGCAGGUUACCAGUUUGAAAGUGUUGUGGGCCUACCAACUUUUAAUUAAUACUCUACCUGAAUUUACAUGUGUGUAGUAAUAGAUGGCAGCAGUGUGCUUUAAAUUCUGAUAGGUGGCAGCACUAGUUAGUCAAUGUGCUGCCAACUAAAGAGUGUUAUUUAUACAAUCAUUGUUUUGUUUGACUGAGAAUGAUUCCCAAUCGUCCGUCAAAACGCUGCGACAUUUGUGUCAUCUUUUUAUCAUGGGAUGUGAUGUCUCCAUUAUUGUGUAUGUCAUGGGCUGCCCAGCCACAGCAGUGAAAACUGAUUGGUUAAGAGAACGACGCUGCUGAGUGCUGUAAUCACAUGAUUGCCCCAAUGCAGACAUCACAUGAUAAAACAACCUGAAGUAAUAGUUGAUACUGAUUGUCCUGUUAGGUCAGUUCUCGGACAAUCGGGGACCAAUCUAUGUUAGAAAAUGAUUUGAUCUGUCUCCGUGAAGCUACAUGUAGCAGAGUUCAAUCCAACCCAACAAUGAGCAUGGAGAGAGCAUAUCAGAAGGGCUUGUAGCACUGAGGACAAAAGUGCACAAUUUUGAAAGAAAUUGAGUUGCUGAUCAGUGAAGAUAGACAGUGUCGCCAUCAUAAAACCCUGCAUAAAAAGUGUAUUCGGGUAUGUCCUUUGUGCUCUCCGCUCUCCAGAUCCACUAUCAAUGCUCUGUUCAAGCAAUAGAUGGCAACAAUGUCUAUCUGAGCUAGUCAUUCUGUCAAUUUGAUCCAUGAUAAUUACAUGUAUGUAAAAGAUAUGGAAAGUGUGUAUACAUCUUUCUUGUGUUGUUUGUUUAGGUAGUGCAUUGUGCAGUAUAUACUGGUGUUCCUGGGAUGAAAUGGACUCUUAUGCACUGUUGUAUGUGAUCAAUAAAGUAUAUUUUCUUGUA